AUGGGUGAGCUGUCGGACAAAGUAGGCCGCAAACAGGUCAUCUACAUGGCCGUCUUGUCCCUCCUACUUUCCGGGAUGGCCGUCUGCUUCUCGAGAUCGGUCACGCUGUUUCUGGCGCUGCGCUUUUGGGUGUCUGCUUCGGUCAGUACUGUUCAGAUCACCAGCUUCGUACUCCUCUUCGAGCUGUCAACGCCCGCGUACCAGUGUCUGUACAGCGUGAUUGCCUUCACAGUGCCACUCAUCGCAGCGCCGCUCUUCCUCAGCCUGAUCGACCUUCUGGCCCAGAAAUGGGUCGUGGUUCAAGCUGUCGCCAUGCUGCCUACGUCGCUGCUCCUGAGCACCUUCAUCUUGACGAUAGAGUCGCCGCGUUGGCUCAUGGUCACGGCGGAAUAUAUGCAAGCCGAACGCGUCAUUCUUCAGGCCGCUCGGAUCAACGGCUGCAGCAUACACGACGUCCAGCGCCAAUGGCGCCUCCAUAACACCAGCUUCUACGGCCACGACCAUGAAGCGUCAUCGCGCAGCAAGUUGGGCUUCGUGGGCGUGCUGACAUCGAGGGUGCUUCGACGCCGCGUCGUCAUCCUCUUCUGGUGUUGGUUCGUUGUGAUCCUCGCCUACUACCACACGCACACCGGCCGUGCAGACAACGUCUGGCUGCGGGUCGUCGAAGGAACCUUGGCAGGCUGCGGAUCCCUGCUGCUGUACAUGUCCGCGACCAAGUUCGGCCGGAGGGUGACCCUACUGGCGCUCCUCGUCGCUUUCUCGAUGCUCGCCGGAGUGGCGGCCGUGGCGAUGAUGUUCGAGGGGGCUUCGGUUCUGAUGCUGUCGGUGGACACAGGGUCUGUCAUUCUCGCGGACCUGCUCGUUAUACUCCUCUUCACGUACAGCGUCGAGCUCUUUCCCACCGUUGUGCGCAGUAUGGGCAUGUGCGCGGCCUACUUUUUCGGCAGGCUCGGUGGCAUAUCCCAGCCCCUGCUUCAAGAGCUGGGUAGCAUGACGCAGAAAGAACUUGUGCCGGGUCUGCUCGGCGUGCUCGGUAUAGCGGCCGCCCUGGCGGUGAACUGGCUUCCCGAAACUAUGUCGAUGGGAGUUAUGAACACUGUUCAAGAUCUGGAGGACGUUGAGAGGAUCAAAAUACCUAGGAGGCUCUCCAAGCUUGAGACCCGUUAUCCGGGCUCGGCGGAAGCCGCUAGACGGAAAUCACACGAUGGCGCUAUAGUCAGGAGCGAUUAUCGUUAA